GAGUGUGAAAGACGUGAGAAAGCUUCCUCUUUACAUAGAUUCGAACGGCCGGGGGUAGAACAAAGACAGGUGAAGAGGAAAGGAAAGAUCGAAGAUCUUCCGAGUCACAGCUCGACGAAUGCGAGAAGGAUGGCCAAUCGGUGAAAAAGGUUCCAGCGAAAGACUGCCAGAGGGCGGAAAGGGAGGGACACAGAAGACGGAACGAUAGACGGCAGAUAAACAAGCGCGAGAGAGAGGGUAGACCAGAUACGCACCAGAGCGGGACAAAGACGGAGACAAGAGAUCGUGCUCGAUGCUCGUCGGGCGAAGUUAGUUAGCAGUCGAUGCGCACACGCCACGCGCUCCGGACGUACCGUCGUCUUGUUCCUCUUGUGUGUCCUGUUGUGUCUCGGUUCGCAGUUGGCCAGAAUUUUACUUGAAUAAUAAUAGAUGACGCAUAAAAACACUGUCGAGCAUUUUCUUCGCAUUCUACACGAUCGAACAAUUCUUUCAAUAUUUAUCAUUCAUUCGUUCGACAUCGAACAGAAUUUCGGUUCGUGAUUCGAAUUGUGUUCUUUUUGUAUCGCACUAGUAACACGUAAAAUGCAGUCGAAUUUUGAUAUCGUUUUUGGAAAAUUUGUAACCAGACGAGAAUUGUGCUCGUAUCUGUCGAUUCGUCAACGUGUCUGGUUCUAGUGGCAAGGAAAUCUGUGGUUUCCGUUUCGAAAGUGAGUUUCCUCAAGCACAAACCCGAGUUGGAAGAAACUCGGUCGGCGCUAACCUCGAUGGUACCUUCACGAGCAUUCGUGGUGACAAUAGUUUGAGAAGCAGUCGUCAGUGAUGGUCGCGACGCUUCGAUGAACUUGGAUGCUUUGAAAUUCGAGUGGCAGGUGUGCGUGAUAAAGUUAAGUUUGUAUCUACAUUACCGAGGGAUCCCAGUGAUUUUGGGAAACACGUUACCGACGAGAAUGGUCGUUUCGUCGUUUCGUCCCAAGUGUUCGAACGAAACGUAAACACGGACGGAGGGACUGGAGGACGCUGGAAUAUAUUCUUGAGACACGAAGCAAGAAGUCGAGGAACGGUCCGGCGGGAAGGCGCGUGGCGGUAAACUAGCGCGUCGUGCGCGCUCCUUCAAGGAGGACUUCCUGGAGAAGCUCUCCCACAUGCGUUCUCCUGGCAGCGGAAGCGGCGGCGGAGGCAGCGGGGCGGCUACACGGGCGGCCUCGCCCUCCUCGCCGCGAACACCCCGUGACAAAAGCGCGCCUGGCUGCACCGAUACCGCAACCACCAUCGACAAGAAUCCCCUACGAGAUCUGCAUAUCCACGUGCGACAGGUGCAGCUGGCACUGCUCCACUUCAGGGACGUCGUGUCGAAGAAGAAGCUCGAGAUGCUGCCAGGAAAUGGCACCAUCGUCCUCGACACCGUCACCACGAUACACACCGUGCUGAAGUCCUAUCUCCUUUCCGAGAACAGCUCCACUCUGGGAUCAGCGACAAAUCAAGUAUACCAGGCCCUGGCGCAAUUAUUAAAGCUUUGCGAUGAUGUGCUGCUACAUGGCGAUCAGUCUUCUGCGUUGGUCACUGAAAACGUCACGCACAUCAUAGGAUUAGUCGAAGAUGCCGUGAAGAAUUUGGUUGCCCUGGCUAACGAGAAAAUAGCAAACAGACAGAAACCUGCAGCCGUCACAACUAGUAAUAGAACGUCGGGUUAUGGGUCGGAAUUGACGCCACAAAGAAAUUCCUUACCCGAUAUUCCGCUAACCCCGAGGGAAAGGCAGAUUUUAGAGCAAACCGCUGCGACUACUAGUCUGGUCCGUAGUUCGCAUAGUUCAGAGUCGAUUUUAAGGGAUUCUAGUCCACCCCCAAAACCACCACUCCCUGAGAGAACCAACGUGCGUCUGUCGGAGGAGAAUAGUUCGUCCGGGACACCGCCGCCUUUGCCACCGAAACGAAGGACACGGGCUCAGCAGCUGCUAGACGAGUCCGAGGGUCUUUUAGCAUCUAGUCUUGAUAGGGUCUCCCUUCGAAGUCGAUCACCAGAGGAUUCGUCGUCUCUUUUAAGCGCGUCGGCUGGCAGUUUGGAUUCGGCUCUGAAUCAUUCUCGCGACGAGGAUGAGAUACGAGCGAUCAUGGGACCAAACGACGAGUCUCUGAACGACAGUAUGGAUCUCAGCCUGAUGGCUACUAUUCAGGGCAUGCAGGUUAAUGGUACUUCGAACUGUGGUUGCUGGGACGGUUCUGAAACAAGUAUACCGAGCACUAUGCUGUUAGGUCAACAAACUCCUCAUGAAAUGCUUAAUCCAUUUACCGGUAUAGAAGGAAAAAUGGAACGUUUAUCUACCCAAACGCAAGAGUCCGGUUUCGUGUCCAUGCAUUCACAACGAAGUUCAUCCCAAAGUUAUACCGCCUCUAGUGUGACAUCCAAAAGAUCGUCCCAGCAGAGCAGCGUUAGUUACAAUUCCCAGACGUUCAAUUCACAGCAACAAUCGUUUUCCCAUACCAAGUUAUCUUCGGAUAGCAACGGGUCUAUAUUCACUCAGAAGACAAUGACCAGUUCCGAGAGUACUAUUAGCACAACAAAUAUGUCUGGAAGUGGAGAUCCUGGGCUGUUGGAAAAGCUGGAAAUUGAAUCAGUUUCUGCAUCUGACGCUAACGGCAUACCACCAGCGUUGCCCGAAAAACGUUCAAAAAGAAGGAAAGAACGUCAGCCAUCGCAGUACGACAAUGUACCUGAGAACGAACAUUUAUCAACCUGUAGUUUACACACCAGCAAUGGCGAUAGUCCUGAUGCCAGUGAACCUCCUCCACUUCCUCUCAAAAAAAGACACAUGUUCCAAUCAGUGGCAUAUUCUGUCAUGGCAUACAUGGAGAUGUUUGGGAACUGUUCUCAUAGUAACAAUGACUUCAUAUCUGGUCUUGGGACGCGCCAUUCAGUGGCAGCUUAUAAUUCAAUGCAAGCAGAAUGGCAACAACACGAGAUGGCCCUUACCACAACACAGUCAUGUUCUUUCAUGGCGCAUACUAUGACCACGUUGCACGAUAACUCAAAUACCUCCAUAACAAUGACACCGCCGGUAACCGAAGUAACAAACAAUUCUAGUCUCCCUCCAGCAUUGCCACCAAAGAGAUCCCGUUCCAUUAAAUCAAAUGCAACACCUCCUCCAAUUUCACCAAAACCUACCAUCAGCAUGCAAAGUAUACACAUAAUGGAUCCAAUUGUGACGUCAACUCCAGUGAAAGCAGAAGAAGCUAUCUGUGUUCACGAGAAGAAGGAUCUCACACCUUCGACACCCACGAAGCUGAACAACAUUACCUUAGAUACGAUAUUGCCACCUUCGAGACCCGCGAGUAAUGCACUGUCAUCGAUAUCAGUCGAUGAAAAUACUCUCGAAUUAAGAGACGUUGAGCAAGAUGACAGCAUUUUGGAUGAACUGGACAUCAGCAAGCACUUAGUCUUUAAAAAGCCUGACGAAGAAGGACCAGACAUACGGGGAGGGCAUCCAGAUGCGUUGUUAAUUCAUGCAACUAAAGCUAAUAAACACGAUGAAAAAGAGUCAGACUUUUUGUAUCAGGAAGCAUUCUUGACAACAUACAGGACUUUUAUGCAGCCGCUUGAAUUAAUUCAAAAAUUACAUAGACGUCAUCAACGAUUUUCUUGCUCCGCUGACAUCGUUAAGCAACGGGCAGCGCGGGAAGCGUUUUCCUUAUUAGUUAGAGUUGUUAGCGAUUUAACCAUGUCUGAUCUCGAUGAUACCCUCCUCCAAACCUUGAUGGAAUUCGUGCAACAGUUAGUAUGUAGUGGUGACCUUACCAUGGCAAAAGCUCUACGCGUGAAAAUUUUGGAGAAACACCAAGCAAAACAGUUACAGGCGACGCAACCAAUUCUUUCUUCCCUGAGCGUAACAACGAAGCAAGCUUCUCUCCUCGACUUCAAGAGUGAACAAAUAGCCGAGCAAAUGACACUAUUAGACGCGGAUUUGUUCAUGAAAAUCGAGAUACCGGAAGUGUUGAUCUGGGCCCAAGAACAAAAUGAAGAACGAAGUCCAAAUCUAACCAGGUUCACGGAACAUUUUAACAAAAUGUCAUACUGGGCCAGAUCGAGGAUAUUGGAGCAUAGAUUAGAAAAUGAAGCGAAAGACAGAGAGAAAUACGUGGUUAAAUUUAUUAAAAUAAUGAAACACCUUAGAAAAAUAAAUAAUUUUAAUAGCUAUUUAGCGUUGCUGUCUGCACUGGAUAGCGCGCCUAUUAGAAGGCUCGAGUGGCAGAAACAUAUUACAGAAGGCUUGAAGGAAUACUGUGCUCUUAUCGAUAGUUCCAGCAGUUUCAGGGCUUACAGACAAGCUCUAGCUGAAACGCAGCCGCCGUGUAUUCCAUAUAUCGGACUCGUGUUACAAGAUCUUACGUUCGUGCAUAUUGGAAACAGUGAUCUAUUACCGGAUGGCACUAUAAAUUUUUCAAAGAGAUGGCAGCAGUUUAAUAUCGUUGAAAAUAUGAAGAGGUUCAAAAAAGGGACGUAUUCGUUCAAGAAGCACGAACGUAUAAUAACGUUCUUCAAUAAUUUCAGCGAUUUCCUCUGUGAGGAGGCAAUGUGGCAAAUUUCGGAAAGCAUCAAACCACGUGGUGGUAAAAAAACACAGUCGCAGAACUAGAAUAUAUCUAACCCUUUCACUGCCUGUGUCUCAAAAUCGAAAGGCUGAACCAGUAAAUUAGAAUGUUUAUAUUUAUGGUAUUUAGGUAAAUGCUUAAUUAUGAAUCAAACGAAACCUUAUAGCACCUCGAGGGCGGUGAAAGGGUUAGCAAGAUCUAUACCGUUUCAACAGCCUCUGUGAGGUUGUAUUUUACUUUAUGAAAAUCUUCCUGAUACAAUCCGUAUUCAUGAAGGGAAAUGUAAAACACAAAUCACGCGUUUAAAUUAAAUUGGAAUUUUUAUGUAUUCGUUUUAUUUAAUAUAAUUGUGUAUACGGAAUAUCGAUUGAAUCGAAACGUUAAAGUUGUAAACGUUAGGGAGACUUUAAGUGAAUUAGCUAGCUCGAUAAUGUCUCGAUGCAUUUUUGUAGUGUUUUAUCCUUUUGCCAUAAGACAGUAUGGAGAAAUCGUAUUUGCUAUGGACCUAUGCAACAUAUAUUUAAAGGAUGCAGCUGUAACGAUGCUUACUGUAGCAUAAGGGGAAAAGUACCCUCACUUUUAACUAAUCUAUAUCUAUGUCUAUAUAAAAAUUAUUUAUUUAUUUGCCUUUAAUCAGCGAAAUGUAAAAAGUAGUAGGUGUUCUUCUUUUUUUUAACUUAUUUAGAUAUAUACAUAUAAUAUGAUAUAUACAUAUACAUAGAUAUAUACAUAUAUAUAUGUAUACGUCCAUUAUAUAGCUUUAUCGUAGAUAGAAAAACUUUUCAACCGUCAACAGUGAACUGUUGACUGCGCAAGGAAGAAACACCAAUUACGUUAAUUAUUGUAGAGCCAUCGUAGUUUCAGAUCAGCGCCUCGAUGGUGCUUUUACGAACACAUGGCACGACUGAGCGUAACUGUUACAUAUACUAUUGUAUAUGAUUAUAGAGAACACUUUUUGUUGGGAACUUGUUAAUAGGUAUCCAAGCUUUCAGCUUUAAGUCGAAUGGUUAUCCAGAAAUAUGGGUAAAUUAAAUGUGACACCACGAUCGUAACGAAAGAAUUGAAUUGAAAAACCUUAACAUCACCUUUGUAUUUUACCGUGAUAUUAAACACCUUCGAUGGCUUUUGCUACCAGAGUUACGUACGUUUAGUUUUCAAUGGUGAAAGUGAGAAUUUUCCUUUCUUUCACGAUACAUUCCGAUAAAGUGAAAGAAUCUGAUCAAAUUAAUUUUAUUAAGAAAAAAAAAACACACACACUUAUCCCAUUUUUUACUCUUCGUUAAAUGUAUUAGAGCGUGAUAGAGUGCAUCAAGUUUUAAUCUUCUAAGGUGAAUCACACCGCCUGGCUGUCUGUGUGUGCCUCGUAUUAGACAAUGAAUGAAUAUCUAGACUUAAUGUUCUUCUAGUUGUUUCGAGCAUUAACUCGAUUUAUUUAACUUUUUUAAUUCUUACUAAAGGUAAAAUGUCAAAUGAACAGAUUUAUUUAUGCACAAUUUAAAUACACACGUGACACGAAAAUGUGGCAUUUUAUGCGCAAUGCUAAAAUUGAAUGAAGAAUUGUUAAUUUCACUUAGUUGUUUGUCACUAUUACAAACAAACAUAUCUUAGCUUUAUUAUUAACACGAUGCGUAAAUACGUGAAAACACAUAAUUGAUACUUUCAUGUAUGUACCUCAAAACAAAUUUAUAAAUGGGUUGAACUUAUCCUUAGAAAUGUCAUGUUAAAUGUUUCGCGAAUUGAAAAAAUAUCUUUCCUUAGCUUUUGCAACUAUCACAUCCGUUUCUCAAUAGCCAGUCAACUGUCUUUGAAUAUUACAAAUUUAAUUUCUUAUAUUUUUUACAUCCAAAAAGUAAUUUAUAUCUUUCUCUGUAAUUCUUGUAUAAAAUAUUAUAAAAAAAUAAAAUACCAGUGUGUUCAUAAUAUAUCACUGAAAAAGACGAAAAUAAUUGGAAACUGUUUUGACGAAUAAACAAGUUAAAUAAGUCAAGAGGUUACCAUGAACUAUUAGAGGAACAUUACGUUUAUUUUUUCUCACAUGAAAAAAUUGAAUUUAUUCUGAAUGAAUAUCCGCUUAUUAACGUUUCUCCGGGCUCACGUUUUAAUACUAAAUGUCUUAUAUACAACACUCGUCGGCAAAGCUAUGAUAAUCGGGCUUAAGAGAUUAAAAAAAAGAAAAAGAAAAAAAAACUGUCAUCUGCAUGUUAACGCGUUUUACGUACGAUCGUAAUAGUCGUACCCACUUAUUAUUCACGUUAAAAAGGCCUAAGCAGUUGAUAGUUGGUGUCGGUCUAUAAGCAUAAACGGUUAAUUAAAUCUUACAAAUACUUAAACACCGCAAACAAAAACAAAAAGAACAAGUUAUUACUCUCGAAGUGUAGCUAGAAAGUUUGCUAUUAUAUAUAAAUCCGAUAAAACAGUUGUCAAUUUCAUGACGUGCACCAAGUAUACAUACGUAACGUAGCUUUCAAUAUUAAAAUCACAGGAGUGACGAACGUUGAAACUGUUGUGUGAAUAGACACGCACUCUGUUAAUCUCAGCCAUAAUCAAUGGAAAAAAAAGGGGGGACAAAAAUCAGUCUUAGCUACAAAUUUUUUAACGAAGAAUAUCGCUGGUGCCGAUGAUACACGAAAGAGUAUAAAUGCGACGAUACCCAAUUUGGAUUUGUUUCGGACGAGAAUCUAUACGUAUGAGUGUGUGCUAGUACGCGUGAUAAGAACACAAUUCAGUUGGAAUAGUUGCUACAUAUAAAUGAUUCGUCUAAUCUAAGGCUAAGAGGAACUUUAUUAACGUUGUAAAUAGUUUGACUGUAUUCAUAAUUUCUUGUAUGUACGCGAGUGUCUUCUAUUAUUCGUAAUUGUAUAUAUACAGUAUAGUAUCUCUGCAUUAACUUUACGCAUAACGUAUUAAGCUUAUACAUUGUUGAGUUCGUUCAAAUUAUUGUGAUGCCAUGUUACGUUCUCACGUUGUAGACAACAAUCCAUUGUAUAGGGAUUCCCAAAAUUGUACAACCAACAAAUACGCGCAACUACCUUGUAACAAAGGAAAUCGAAAAGUCUGUUAUCGUUUUCCAAUCUGAGGCUUUAUUUUCGAGAUGUAAGUCAAUUUGUAUGAUUAAUCUUCCACUACAAUGACGCAUCAAAUAUAUUGGAGAUUUCUGGGAUAUUUACUGUCAACAGUGCAUUGUAGAUAAACGUGUAUCUAGUAUCUACCUAUACAUGUAAAUGUAUAGUAUUUAAAUAACCUUACUUAUUCGUAUUUUAAACGCAAAGCCUGAGAUUGCAAAUAUUAAAAAUAUUUUCGACUUCUUUUGCUGUGAGCUAUUUGCGUGUUUUGCUUCAUACGUAAUUUUGGGGGCAACUUCUUUAUUACGUUCAAUUUUGUUGUUUUUGUUUUUUGUAUUUUUCUUUAAUACAAUCAUCGUCAUUUUUUUCUGGAAUUUAAUGCAUCUUUUCUUUCGUAUCGCACUGUCAACAUCCUACAUGAUUCCUGACAUGAAUACAUUUAUAUUUUUAAUUAUGUCACCGCUUUUAAAAUUUCUGUUAAUAGUUCCUGUCAAAGUGGUUCCCUCGAAAGUCUGUUUAAAUGUAAUGCAAUUGAAUUAAU